AACAGAACUAAAAUAUUACAAAGCAUCUUAGUUUUGCUCUUAUUUCCAUUAUUCAUAGUUUGGGAAACUUUGUGUGAAACCAUCGAAGGUACUAUCAACUGACUAUAACAGGGUUGGUUCCAGAGCAUAAUGGAAUUCACAGCUGAUCAAAUUAACUCUUUGGCACAGAUGCUAAAACCACCAGAUGAAGACAGCGAUUCUGAUUGUGAACUAGAUGAAAGGCCCUCAACUUAUGGUAAACUGGGACCAGGUCAGAUUGGCCCUGCAUCUAAAACAGACCAGAAAUCUGAGAAAGUACCCGCAUCAAAGGGAAAUUCCAAAGAUAUAUGGGAAGAAAAUGAGGUGCCCGAGGGAUCAGAAUUUGACACAACAUUUGACCCACGACCUCAACCAGAAUAUGACAUGGUAUUUAAACAAGCAGUAUCUUCAGAGGACAUGUUUCUACAGAUGGGCAAUAAAACCCCAUCCACUGCUAGCUGUGAAGACAUGGUGGUAAAAAUCAAGUUACCUGGAACAAAAGCAGCUGAUCUCACUUUAGAUGUCAAAUCUAAAUUUCUAGAUCUCAGGACACCAAAAUACAAACUUGGUCUUCACUUACCCCACCCUGUAGAUCACAAAUCUGGAAAGGCUCAGUGGGAUGGAGACAAAGAAAUUCUUAAUGUCACUCUACGCAUGCAGAGGGAAUAUGACUUUAUGAACUUCUAAAUCCAUUUUUUUCUUCUUUGAUGCAUAUACAUGUAUGUGUUCAUAUUGUUAUUUUUCACUUGUUUCCGUCCAGAAAAUGACCUUUUAAUAUAAACGAUUUGAAAUAACUUAAA